UCCAACGCGCACGGAAAGUCGCGCCCAUACGCGGAUAACUAGCGAAAAACUUCUUGCUAUACAAUCUCUUUUCACAACACAGACAAAAAUACUAAUAAGAUAAUAUUUCGAAAACUUAAGCAAACUUUUUCUUUAAAACUGGAAUUUUCUUUUUUAUCUUGUUGAAAGUUUGAAAAGUGAACUGCAAUUCGAACUCUUGUUUUGUAUUAGAGGGAAACUGAAGUUUGUUUUUGGAGAAUUUUUAAUAAUGCAACGUGAGUAGCGGGUUUAAAAGUGAAUAUUUAAAAACUUGGGGGUCUUAACUUUUAUACUUUAAGUGUCAUCACGAGUUCUUGGCGAUUUUCCACAAAAGGGAUCAUUUGAACGACACAUUUGGAUUUGGCUGCAACAAAUUAAAGAUGGAUUGGCAACGAGGUACAUCGUGUCUCAAGACGGGCACAUGGCGCUAACAUGUUGUCUACCGACUCCAACUUCGAGGCGACUGUGGCCACCAAAUACGAGUAUGACCCGAGUGCUAUGUCUCACAACGGGACUGCAUACCUUGGCGGAGGAGUCAUCAUCCUCACCAAGACUCUGACUGGCGAAUCCUAUGAGAUUAUCGACGACAAAGUCAACAGGACCUCAGACAUCAUCGACCUCAAGAUCGUCCAAAUCGCCUUCAGCAUACUAUAUGCCAUCAUCUUCAUCUUGGGAGUGUUUGGCAAUGUCCUCGUCUGUUACGUCGUCUUUCGGAACCGUGCUAUGCAAACGGUCACCAACCUGUUCAUAACCAACUUAGCGUUAUCCGAUAUCCUGCUAUGUCUACUAGCGGUGCCCUUGACGCCAAUGUACACCUUCCUCGGAAGAUGGGUCUUUGGAAGGCUACUCUGUCAUCUCAUGCCGUACGCGCAAGGCACCAGCAUCUACAUAUCUACUCUGACUCUCACUUCCAUCGCUAUAGAUAGAUUCUUCGUAAUAAUCUACCCGUUUCAUCCACGCAUGAAGUUGAACACAUGCGUAUUCAUUAUUAUAUUUAUAUGGGUAUUUUCUUUAGUCGUCACAUGCCCUUAUGGACUUUUCAUGGGCAUACAGAUCACAAACCAAUCUCAAACUUAUUGCGAGGAAAGCUGGCCAUCAGACAAGUCUAGGAGAAUCUUCGGAGUGUCGACAUUCGUACUCCAAUUCCUCGUACCUUUCUUAGUGAUAGCCAUUUGUUAUACAUGCGUUAGUAUAAGAUUGAAUGACCGGGCACGGUCGAAACCAGGUGCUAAAACAACCAGACGAGAAGAAGCAGAUAGAGAUAGGAAAAAACGCACAAAUAGAAUGUUGAUAUCAAUGGUCGCGAUAUUCGGUAUCUCGUGGCUUCCAAUUAAUCUGAUUAACAUAUUCAAUGAUUUUUACGCUUCGAUGACAGAGUGCAGUUAUUAUCUAAUCUCGUUCUUUUUGGCUCACUCGAUGGCAAUGGCGUCAACGUGUUACAAUCCAUUUCUAUACGCCUGGUUGAAUGAGAAUUUUAGGAAAGAGUUCAAACAAGUCCUUCCUUUUUUCGAGUCAACAGGAGGAGUCAGGAACAGCUACCAUUCAGGACGCAUGCCGACACAUAAGACGGAUAAGAUCUGCAAUGGUAACGAAACCAUCCAGGAGACUCUACUGGCUUCCUCCUUUAACCGAGGCCCGUCUCUAAAACAGCCUUUAGAAGGCAACGGCAAGAAAGAUGGUGUAGAAGUGGAGAAUAUUCUACUGGAGGACAAAACAAUCUCAGCAAGUUUUCAUCCGAAAAGCGAGAGUUUGAAUCUGCAACUGAUUGAUGAGGAAUCUCAGUUUUCAGAGCCUAAAGACAGCAAACUUCCACCGAUCUAAUUAUUAACGUGAAUUCACAACGAGAAGAAAACGACAUUUUUACGAGUAAUUUUAAUUAUUUUGUUACAAAUCAAUGUAUCGAUUUAAAUUAUUAUAAUUAUAUUCGCAUUAAAUAUUUUGCUUUGCUUACUGUGAUGGUUUGUAACCUAAAUUUAUUACGUACAAUUUAAUGUAAAUAAUAGAUAAUAUUUAAUGUUGAAAUUAAAUUCUCACAUAGAUAUAUUCAAAUAAUGAAACUAGUCAGUAAAAAUAUAAUGUAAAUAGCUUUUAUUGCAAGUAUCCAAAGGGCCUAAUUGUAACAUUCGACGAAAUAUUGUUUGAAACUUUCAUUAGAUGUCAAUUUAUUUUUAUUUAGCUAAAGUUCUCAUAAAUUAGUAAUAUAAUAUGUGUGAUAGUUUUGAUUAGUGUUUUCUGAGUAAGCGUUUGAGCCCAUUUCAGACUGCGAACUUUGUCUUAUUAGUAGACUUCAUAAUUAUUUUGGAGUAUUAAUUAUCCUUUUACGCAGGAAUGGUAGGCAGAAUGAAACGGAACGUUAAGGUGUGUGAAAGAAAGAGUGAUGAGUGAGCGAGACAGAAGAGUGGAUUGAAAAAUAACAGUGAAUGGCGGUCGGUUGCUUUUGAGUCGAAGGUGUAAAAUUUAUAAAACUAGAAAAUCUAGUUUGUGAAGAAAAUGUAAUUGUUUCCAUCACGCUCCAUUCUACGUUUAUAUUACCUUUAUUACUUUCAUGUUAUUUGCCAAUAAGACGAAGUUAAAUUCUAUGUACAAAUAGCUUAUUAAUAAUUCUAAUAUUUAACAUACAUUUUAAUCUUCUAGAUACAUUUUGUUUGAUGUUAUAAUAAGCUAUAAAUACUAGAAAUAGUCUGAGAUUACGUUUACUAUCAGCGAACAUUAAUCAAAAACGUAAUUAUCCUUAAGUGUAAGUAAGCUUACAUAUAAAACACUGAAGCACCUGUAAAAAAAUUAGAUUGUCUUAGAAGUAUAUUUUUUGUUGUAAAUACGUAAUAUGAAACGGUCAAUAUGAAUAGUUAAUUAAUAGUUUACAAAGCUUGUAACUUAUUUAUAGUUAUUAUAUAGUAUAAUUAUGUUAGUAGAUUACGUGUUAUUUGUUGGAUGUGUGAAGGUAUAAAUGAGGCUGGUUGAUUUGUA